CCCGGGGAAUCGACUCUGUUGUUGGGCGAUAGCAGCUAGAUCAGUGUAGCUCCCAUGCUAACACCGGCCGGUGGCUGCUAACAUCCCCGCUCCUCCGUCCUGUCUCUGCCCGCAGAGGAACGACCCACAGCCCGGCCCUGGCCUCAUGGAUCCCGGGGACCUGGACUCCAGCCUCCCGCAGCCCGACAACCCGUGUCUGAUCGUGGAGGACUCGCAGCCGGACAGCGCGGCCCUGGAGGACGACCCGGAGAGCAGCUACCGAGCCCUGCUGGCCCGGCGUCUGUCCGACCUGCAGCCCAGCGCCCGGAGCCCGGUGCUGGAGCUGAUCUCCUCACCUCUGGGAAGCAGAAGCUCUCAGACGGACUCGGAGAGCUCCCAGAGCAACAACCAGGCUGAACCUGGUAUUCUCACAACAAUCCAGCCGAGCUCAGCGUUCCAGGAGGAGAGUGAAGUUCUCCACACCUGCCCUCCUCCAAACAAGAAGAGUUCACCAGAGGAAACAGAAAUGGAUUCUGGGGCUGACUCUACCACACACUGUCCACCGGAGGAGGAAACUUCUCAGCUCGGUUUCCUCGAGCUGUCACAGACUCAGGAUCUGUGCAGUGAAGCAGUGAACAGUCGGGGGGGGGACUGUGAGAGACACGACAAACUAGAGCAGAGCUCCACCCCCUCAGCCGCUCAGGACAACACAUCUGUGAGAUCUGAGGUGAGCUCCAGCAGCUCGUCGGACUCGGCAGCUCCUUCAGGCCGGCAGCUGAGCGUCCAGGGUCUCCAGGCCUCCGAGGGUCUCCAGGCCUCCGAGGGUCUCCAGGCCUCCGGGGGUCUCCAGGCCUCCGAGGGUCUCCAGGCCUCCGAGGGUCUCCAGGCCUCCGAGGGUCUCCAGGCCUCCGAGGGGCUCCAGGCCUCCGAGGGGCUCCAGGCCUCCGAGGGGCUCCAGGCCUCCGAGGGGCUCCAGGCCUCCAGUGACCACAGGCAGCUGGACUGCCAGGUCCCGUCCUCACAGGAAGACAUGUUCGAUGCUGACAAGACGGCGGCUGCAGUGGACAGCACAGUGUCUGAGCAGCAGGGUCACCCGACCCCGACCCCGGCCCUGACCCCGGCCCUGACCCUGACCCCGGCCCUGACCCCGACCCUGACCCCGGCCCACACCCUGCGCCUGCUGCAUCUGUCUGGACAGGGAACGCUGGUGCAGGAGAGUCUGUCCCAGAGCUCUGCUGACUACGUUGCUCCGACUCCAGACGGCUUCAGCCACACCAUCAUCGUCCCCAGCUCCCCGACCGGACCGCAGCACCAACACGGUGCUGAUGAACCCAUGGAUACUUCGUUGCCCCCAGAAGAUCGAGCAGGGGAGAAGGAAGAACAGCCAAUGGAAACGGACGCCGCCUCUAAGCUCCACCCAUCCUCCUCCACGCCGGUAUCCCAGAACUCCCCUGGUUUUGCGUUGGAUCGUACUCUCUCUUUACCCUCCCAGCCAGAGUUCUCUCAUGAUGUGUUUGUUCCGACUCCGAGUCUGGAGCCUGGAGGUCAGAGGUCGACGCCUCGUGAGAGCGAGUCUCAGCUUCUGGAGUCGGCAGCGUCCCCCCCCCCUCUGCAGCUGCGUGCGAUCACUCAGCCGAGCUCAGCGCCGCCGGAGGACGACAGUCAGGCCACGCAGAUCGAGGAGUUUGAGGAGCCUCCGGCUGCAGACACCAGAGACUCUGUGACUCUGUGCCGGGACCAGAGGAGCAGCAGCGCCCCCCCCCCAGUGUCACUCACUACUGCUCAAGCUUCCGGCUCGGCCCGAUCAGCGAAGUGUCCCGUGGAACGAGUCCAGGCUGAAGCUGCUCUGGACGUACAAACUGUGAAUGUAAAAGACGGCAAAGAGACGACCUCUGCAGCCGCGGCGUCCUGCUCUCCUCCGAAGCUGGACUCCUCCCACUCGUCUGUGAGCAUCUGUGUGCAGGAGACUCCGUCAGACACCCCCCCGCCCUGUAGCCUGCCUGUGCAGGCCGUCUGCUCUCAGACGUCUGCUGUGGACGUUGGAGGCGGAGCCACCACGAGUCGCUGUGUGGAAUCAGUGUCGCAGACGCACAGCAACACGAUGGACCAGGAGGAGGAGGAGGUGAUGGAGGAGAGUGCAAAGGGAGGCGGGGCUUCAGGAAUGGCUCUCGCUCUCUCUCAGAGUGAACUGAUGAGUCCUGAGCCGAUGGAGGACGACAGUGACGAGCAGGGAGGGGACAGCGUCGUCGUGGUUACAGACAGCGAGAGACACUCCCAGAUCCUGAAGAGCGAUGCCACCAACAGCUCUCAGCCAAUCAGAGUCAGCGUGUCCGCCUCCACCAACGGCCAUGAGUCCCAGUCUCUGAAGAAGAAGGUGAACACGGCACUCGAUAGGCUGCCUCAGACGAAGAGGGCGGGGCCUCAACCGGAUGUGCUGAAAGACAAGAGCCUCAGUGACAGUUCGGGAGAGAUUUCCUUCCACUUCACGCUUCCUAAAGAAGGGGAGCUGAUUGGUCCUGCUGCUGGAGCCACGCCCCCUCUGCUCAAUCAGCUGAAGCAGUCGCUGAGACACAGCACUCCCAUUGAGAUCUUUUCUGAGAAGUCGGACCAUGUGGGCGUGGUCUCUGGCGACGUGGCGCCGGCGUCCAGCGACCUUGUGUCUGGGGACGAGGACAGGACGGACCCUGGAGACAGGAAGCUGAGCCUGAGGAUGAAGCUGGUGACCCCAGUUGAAGAAGGCAGCUCUGAGUCCUUCAGUCUGCAGAAGCCGGCGCUGUCAGACCAGGACGCAUCUGUGGUCAAGGCCGUUUCCAAGGCUGUAACCAGCUCGUCGGUGUUCAGUCGUGUCCGGCAGGUCCACCGGCAGCAGGAGGACAUCACACCUGUCAGGGCGGAGCUCUUCGCCUCGCCACAGAGAAGCUCCCAGGCGUCCUCGCUGGGAUGCAACAGCCAAUCACAAGCCGCGCCGCAGCAGAGCCCUGUAAACACCCCCACCGACCAAUCAGAGGAGAGGAGAGGACCACCCGACUCCUCCGAGCCCCCCACCCCAAACAGUCGAGGUGCCCGACUGAAGGCGAGUUCCCAGAAGCCCUUGGACGGCUCCGUCAGCUCCAGUCCGUUCCACAAGGGGGAGUUUCCAUCCUUCAGAAGAACCACAGGCCCCGCCCACUGCAGACACGUGCGCACCACCCAGGAAGUGCGAACCACCAUCACACGGAUCAUUACAGACGUUUAUUAUGAAGACGGUAGAGAGGUGGAUCGCAAAGUCUCUGAGGAGAGCGAGGAGCCGCUGGUGGACUGCCACGUGUUGGACAGCGACAUCUCGCCGUGCCGGACGGGCAGCAGCUCCAUGACCUCCGGUGACCUGGGGGACAUCAGCUCGCUGUCGUCCAAGGCCUCCAGCCUGCAGCACAGCUCGGGAGGAACCAGCAGCAGCACCGGCUUCACCAGGCCGGACUUCAUCGUGCCGUCCAGCCGAGGGGGCAGGUCCUCCAGGGGCGGAGCUGUCGGCUCCCUGCAGAGACCCGGCGCUCAUGGCGCCCCCCCGUCCUCCUCAGAGGACGAGCCCUUCACCCGCAUGCUGCCCCCCCGCCCCCCCGGCAGCCCCUCGGACAGCGAGCCCCCCGGCCGCUCCGACUCCCUGCGCUCCUCCCCAGAGGCGGGGGGGUCGGCCGGCAGCAGCUUCGUGGGCCUGAGGGUCGUCGCCAAGUGGUCGUCCAACGGAUACUUCUACUCAGGACGCAUCAUCCGGGACGCCGGCGAGGGGAGCUUCCGCCUGCGGUUCGACGACGGCUACGAGUGCGAGGUGGGGGGGGGGGACAUCCUGCUGUGUGACCCCAUCCCCCUGGAGACAGAGGUCACCGCUCUGCUCGAGGACGAGUACUUCAGCAUCGGGGUCGUCCGGGGUCACAGGUCGGAGGGCCCGGAGCUGUCGUACAGCGUGGAGCGGGAGGGGCAGAGCCGCUGGUACCACCGCAGCUCGGUCAUCCUGUCGCUGGAGCAGGGGAACCGGCUGAGGGAGCAGCACAGCCUCGGACCCUACCAGCCCCCCCCCACGCCGCUGGCCAAGGCCUCGGACAUCAGCCUGGACAACCUGGUGGAUGGGAAGAGGCGGCGCAGAGUGACCCCUGGAGGUCAGGACACGCCCAACCGCAGCCCCCGCACCCCCGGCCCCUCCAGCAAGAGGAAGCUGAGGACGACCUCCGAGGACGACAGGACGCCGGCUAAGAGGGGCCGGCGGGGUCCGGGCCUCCGAGCCGCUCAGCGGGUGGGAGUGUGUAACACCUCGGGCAGCGGCACCGACCCCCCCGGUCAGUCAGCUGACGUGUCGGAGACCCAGGGGCCGCUGCCUCAGAACGCCUCUCUCUUCAUGGGAUUCGCCUUCAUGCUGACGGCGUCGUCGGAGAGCGACCGACUGACCAACAGGCUCACGGAGGAAGAGGAGGAGGAGGAAGAUCCAGUUCAGACCAGUCGGUUCAACAAAGCCUACACAGAGUCCCAGCUGCGGGGGGGCGGCGGCUUCAUCCUGCCCGACUUCAACGAGGAGCAGUGUAAGGCAGCCUAUCAGAGCCUGCUGAUCGCCGACCAGCACUGCCGCACCAGGAAGUACCUGCUGUGCCUGGCCAGCGGCGUGCCGUGCGUGUCACAUGUUUGGGUUCGCGACUGCUGCAAAGAGAACAAGCUGCUGAACUACAGGAACUACCUGCUGCCGGCGGGGGUGGGGCCGGACGACGCCGUGGUGGAGUGGCAUCCUCGCUGCAGCCCCUUCAGAUCCCUGCGCCUCCUCCUGGUGUUCCAGGAGGAGGCGGAGCUCUGGGCUCAGCUGAUCACGAUGGGCGGAGCCUCGUCAGUCCGACAGCUGCAGGGCGACAAAGACGGUUCAGACGUUCCUGCUGGGAGGUUCGACGCCGUGGUGACCGACCACGCCUGCCCGGCGCUGCUGGAGGAGAGCGUGACCUCACAGGACGUCCCGCUGGUGUCCGCUGAGUGGCUCAUCCAGAGCGUGAUCUGUGGCGAGCGCCUGGGAUUCCACAGCAAGCCUCAGUAUCGCCACGACUACUCGUCAUAACCACACCGUGUUCAGUGUCUUCUGUCGCAUGCUCUGAUGUAUAGAACCCGCUUUUAUGGGAUAAUAAUAAACUGUGACUGGUUCCAUUUUA